GCUCAGCUCCCAGCGCGCCCCUCCCGUCUCCGCAGCAAAAAAGUUUGAGUCGCCGCUGCUGGGUUGCCAGCGGAGUCGCGCGUCGGGAGCUACGUAGGGCAGAGAAGUCAUGGCUUCUCCGUCCAAAGGCAAUGACUUGUUUUCGCCCGACGAGGAGGGCCCAGCAGUGGUGGCCGGACCAGGCCCGGGGCCUGGGGGCGCCGAGGGGGCCGCGGAGGAGCGCCGCGUCAAGGUCUCCAGCCUGCCCUUCAGCGUGGAGGCGCUCAUGUCCGACAAGAAGCCGCCGAAGGAGGCGUCCCCGCUGCCGGCCGAAAGCGCCUCGGCCGGGGCCACCCUGCGGCCACUGCUGCUGUCGGGGCACGGCGCUCGGGAAGCGCACAGCCCCGGGCCGCUGGUGAAGCCCUUCGAGACCGCCUCGGUCAAGUCGGAAAACUCAGAAGAUGGAGCGGCGUGGAUGCAGGAACCCGGCCGAUAUUCGCCGCCGCCAAGACAUAUGAGCCCUACCACCUGCACCCUGAGGAAACACAAGACCAAUCGGAAGCCGCGCACGCCCUUUACCACAUCCCAGCUCCUCGCUCUGGAGCGCAAGUUCCGUCAGAAACAGUACCUCUCCAUUGCAGAGCGUGCAGAGUUCUCCAGCUCUCUGAACCUCACAGAGACCCAGGUCAAAAUCUGGUUCCAGAACCGAAGGGCCAAGGCGAAAAGACUGCAGGAGGCAGAACUGGAAAAGCUGAAAAUGGCUGCAAAACCUAUGCUGCCCUCCAGCUUCAGUCUCCCUUUCCCCAUCAGCUCGCCCCUGCAGGCAGCGUCCAUAUAUGGAGCAUCCUACCCGUUCCAUAGACCUGUGCUUCCCAUCCCGCCUGUGGGACUCUAUGCCACGCCAGUGGGAUAUGGCAUGUACCACCUGUCCUAAGGAAGACCAGAUCAAUAGACUCCAUGAUGGAUGCUUGUUUCAAAGGGUUUCCUCUCCCUCUCCACGAAGGCAGUACCAGCCAGUACUCCUGCUCUGCUAAUCCUGCGUGCACCACCCUAAGCGGCUAGGCCAACAGGGCCACACGACAUAGCUGAAAUUUGUUCUGUAGGCGGAGGCACCAAGCCCUGUUUUCUUGGUGUAAUCUUCCAGAUGCCCCCUUCUCCUUUCACAAAGAUUGGCUUUGAUGGUUUUUAUGUAUAAAUAUAUAUAUAUAAUAAAAUAUAAUACAUUUUUAUA